AUGUCGAGUAAGAAAGUGACGUUGAAUAUGCAACAACGCAUCCAAGUGCUGGAGGAUUUAAAAACUUUACCUGUGCGGAUCGUUGCUGCCAAAUAUCGUAUACAUCCGCAAACAGUUUGCAGAAUUCAAAAAAAAGAAAUUUAUAUUCGCGAAUUUGCUGCGAAGGGCAAAACGGGGCAAAAGCAGCAACGAAUGAAGAGACCAGUGUACCCUGAAUUAGAAGAACAAUUGUACACGUGGUUCUGUGAAAGAACAGCUCUUGGCGACCGCAUAAGCGAUUUGCUGUUACAGGAGAAAGCUGUAGAAUUACAGCAAAGUAGUGCAACGUCUUCAAGGUGCAAAGUGAGCAUGUCGUGGGUGUCAAAUUUUAAACGGCGCCAUAACAUACGUCUGGUGAGUGUGUGUGGUGAAAAAGCAAGUGCUGAUACAAAUGCAGCAGAAUCAUUUAUUCAAUAUUUUCAACGACAUAUAGAACAGGAAGGUAUUGAUAUAGAGAAUGUGUACAAUAUGGACGAAAGUGGAUUAUUUUGGAAGGCGCUUCCAAUAAAAACGUUGUCGACGGAAAAAAAUGUAGCUGGAUUCAAAAUGAAGAAGGACAGAAUUACCUUCGGGUUAUGUGCCAAUGUUAUCGGGACCAAUAAAAUAAAACCUUUAGUAGUGCACAAAUAUAAAAAACCAAGAGCGUUGAAGCACCCGUUGCACAGACUUCCAGUCUGCUAUAAAUCGCAAAAAAAUGCUUGGGUAGACCGUGAAAUAUUUCAGGAUUGGUAUGAACAGCACUUCAAGCCUAGCGUCCGUGAAUAUCAAUUAAGGAAAGGCAUCACCGGGAAGGUAAUAUUAUUACUUGAUAAUUGCGCAAGUCAUCAAGUUCCAUUAUCUGAGGACGAUGAUACAUUUUCUAUUCAAUAUCUUCCACCAAACACCACAGCCUUCCUACAACCAAUGGAUCAAGGAGUGAUUCUUAAAACUAAAAGAAUCUUCCAAAAAGAAAUGUGCCGCUCCAUUUUAACGUAUGAAGGAGGGGUUAAUGAAUUUUAUGCCAAUUACAAUAUAAAAGAUUGCAUUGAUAUUUUGAUACAGGCAUGGGGAGUAGUUACGCCUGAAAAUAUACGGCACAGUUGGCAUAAAAUAAUUCCAGCUCCUGUGCACAUUCAAAGUUAUUUUAGAAAUGAGAGUGAGAACGAUGGUUUGGAAGAUGCAAUAUCGAGGAAGAGGAAGUUCCACAAAGUGACGCAGAUAAUCAAGACAGUAACAAUGAAAGUGAACAGGACAGUGAUAAUGAAGACGAACAGAACAUACAAUCACCACAAGAACAAAUAA